CCGCAGUCAACUUCCGGCAGCUGGCGAAAGUGUCUGGAAGAGGGAAAGGAGAAGAGUAGGCGGCUGGCCCCAAGGCGAGGAGAGUCGCGAGGAUGCCGGGGAAAGAGCUCCACAAGCGUAGGAGUUUAGUCUCGCAUAUGCUGAGAGGUUCCAAAUCAAAUCUAAGGAGACGGGAUGACGAGACCAUCGAACCGGGCGAGGGGGCGGACGAAUGGGCGCAGGCCAAAACGUUGAUCAAGCCGAUAGACCAACUGGAGCUGACCGAGGCCGAACUGAAAGAGGAGAUCACACGCAUCCUGACAGCCAACAACCCUCACGCCCCACAGAACAUUGUCAGAUACAACUUUAAAGAGAAAACCUACAAACAAAUAACUGUGGUGGAACAGCUGGCCGUUCAUUUAACUGUGUGCGGGAACCUGAUCUUCAGAGAUUCGGAUGAAGGUCGAAGGCAGAGCCUGAGGCGAAACACGAUGUCUAUGACCUCAGUUAUGGUUCCGGCUGCUCUGGUGGCGGAGAUUGAGGACGAGCUGAAAGAAACCCCAAGUCAACAGUCCGUUUCGGAGGCACCUGCAGAGGAACAAGAGGAGCAGGAGCAGGAACAGGAGCAAGAGCAGCAGCAACCGAGGCCCCGACCUGUCCAAGAACGGAAGCUCACCAACCAGUUCAACUUCAGCGAGAGAGCGUCUCAGACGUACAACAACCCGGUCCGGGACAGAGCGUGCCAGAUGGAGCCGCCCCCAAGAGCCAACUUCUCUGGUUCUGCUAACCAGUGGAAAAUCUACGAUGCCUACAUGGAGGAACUCCAGAAGCUGGAGAAGUCAAAGGAGAAAGAAAAACAGAAGGCUCCAGUUGCCAAGAAAGAAGACAAGACGAGGGGCCGGAAAUUGACUUCUCUGGAAUCUCAGAGCGAGCCUGAAAUCAGCGCUCCGAUGGCCGAUGCCCGCCCGCCGUGUGUUUUUGCCUCUGGAGGGCUCUCUGCUGUUGAUUCCAGAGAUGCCGGAGCACAGCAUGGGCUCAAAUCUGCCUGUGUGAGGGGUACUUGGAAGAACAGCAUCCUGUUUCAGGAGGCCGGAGUAGUCCUGGGGGAGCGUUCCCCUGGUGAUGGAAUUCAACAGCGGUAG